AUGGAGAGCACCAGAUUGAAAUCGCGAGGAGAUUAUGAAGAAGGCGGCAGCAGCUUGUUCGGCAAGCCGCCAGGCCUCGUGGCGGUGCUCAUCGGUAAUGCGGUGGUGCUCGUGGCUGCGGUGGUGCAGGGCGCAGUCUACUACAGCAUGCUGCCCGAUGAACUGCCCGCCCACUUCGACUGGCAAGGCAAAGUGGACGCGUACCGAUCCAAGGCGUUCAUGGUGGGCAUCUACCUGGCGGCGGUGAUCCUCGCUCAGGCUCUCUUCAUCUUGCUCGGCCAUCUCCUGCCGAGCUGCAGCGGCGGCGGCGCGGCGCUCCAGGUGCCCGCGCGCGAGUACUGGCUCAACCCGGCCUUCCCCGAGCGACAGGAGCGGGCCUUCGCCUACUUGAAGUUCUGGCUCAUGGGCUUCGGCAUGACCUUCGGGGCCUACCUGGUCCUCUUCUUCGCCAUCGUCUUCCACAUGGCCUACACGGGCGACCACAGCGGCUUCUUCUGGUUCUUCUGGCCACUCACCAUCGCCUACCUCGUGCUGGUCGCCUUCGGCGUCUACUCGCUCUACUCGCACUUCCUCAACGAGCCCAUCAAGGAGGCCCUCAUCAACUACGCCGAAAUGGGCGGCUCCUACGAGACCUUCUCCACCCCGUCCCGCAUCUACUACCAGUAG